AUGCCCCUGGGAGCCCGAAGCUGCUGGGCCAUGAAAAUGAGCCGCCGGCUGGACUCCUCUUCUGUUACUGGGAAUGCAACUGCAGGAGAGCCGGGCAACACCUGCGGAAUCGUGUGCACCUGCCUCUCGCCCACGUCCACUUCACGGCCCAAGACGCUCCAGGUGCCCAAGCUCUUCUUCCCGCUGGUGAGCCCCUGUGCUGACCUCUGGGCCAGGCACUGCUCCCGCAGCAACAUCGUCAUCAUCACUAUUACCAUCAUCACCGUCACUACCAACACCAUCAUCAUCAUCAGACUGGGUUGGAGCUAUGGGGGUAUCCCGUGUAGCACCCGGUUACAGAGGGCUCUCGCUGGGUUCCCGUAUCUUGCAAAGGCCAGGGCAGCGGGGCGUUUUGUCACUUUCUCCAAGUGGCGCCCGCGCCCCCUGGUGGCCACUGCAGCCCCCGCGUCCUCCGCGGCCUACGCUGUCCACACGGAGAGCCGGGGGGGGGGGGGGGGGGGGGGGGGUGUGGAUCCUGGUGUAGAUGAUCUGUUCUCUUUCCUAAGCAGACAAACGGGCCGGAGUGUUAGGCAGUUUAUUCAUGGAGGUUACGGGGCUGGGUCUCCAGAUUGCAGCAAACCACAGUUUGGGAAGGACAGAAGGUCUGAUCCACGGCGCAGGAGAAGCCGCGCUGGGUCCACCCAGACCCCAGCCCAGCCCCUCACCGUCGGGGGUGCUCAGGCUGCGGCUCACGCCUGUUUCAUCAACGGGCUCUCUUGCCGCGGGUUUCCAGGGACCCCGGCGACGACAGCCCUCAGCCACCCCGCGGCGCUCCAGGAGGACGAUGGAUCCCGGCCCCUGCCGCCCGGAGGGGUCGACCGGGAGGACUCCCCGCGGGGCAUCCUUAGGGCUCGGGCGCGAGAGGAAGGGCGGCCAGCCGCGCACACCUGCCUGCUAGGGUCUGGCUGUCAAACCCGUCUGUCUGUCCCGCCGGGGAAACGGGACCGUGCCCUCCCAGCUGACCCCCGCGGCUGUCAAAACCUGGGAAGGCGGCGAAGAUGCUGGCACGGGCCGGCUGAGGCGGCAAGGCCACCCCCCAAUGCAACAUGUCCCCACCGAGCCCCGCCAGGCCACCGACCCCACGUGCAUUCUCCAUCGGGAUCACGCUGCCUGCCGAGCCUGGCAUCCAGCCAGGGUCUCGGGUGUGGGCGCCUUGGACAGCUGUCCCCGACUGUCCUGCUGGCAUCUGGAGGCACAGGAUCCAGAUGCCACUGGCAUCGGAUCAGCCCCAGCUGUCGCUCCCAGGAGGUGGGGAGCUGCUCCUGCCCUCUGCACCUGCGUCCCCAGGGCUUCCACGCUGAGCCAUCCACCGGGAAAGGGGAGUGUGGUCGCUGGCAGGUGCAGGGGCGGGCGGGGGACGCUGUGGACGGACUGGGGUCCUGCUCAGGGACCCCCGACACAGAGGGAGAGGCCAAGAACACGCCCUUCCCGGGCACCUGCCGGGUGCCGGGUGCCAGUGUGGUGGGCCCGUGGUGA